AUGGAAGCUUGGGGUUUAGCAGCGCCGGAACCUUCGCCUGCACCGGGAUCAAUCGCCAGGCAAGAGAGUAUCAUCGAGGAAACACCAGACAAGAAGUUCCAAGAUGAUAUAAGGAAGGCAAAGGUGCUAUCGAUGGCCGAAGCGCACAAAAGAGCGCAACAAGGGGAAGUCCCAAAAUCUCCUGCGACUUCCACCCCUCCAGCUGCAUUAGCAUCAAAUCAGCAGCAACAUCCUCUCGCUGCUGCGAAUUCUUACCAGCAACCUGCUCCUGGAUAUCCCCCUGCACCAUAUCAGCAACAGCAUGCUCAGCCGGCCCCUCCAGCUCAUCAACCAUACCCGCAGCCGCCUCCUCCGGUACAAUAUGCCCAACCAGUGCCCCAUCAACCCUACCCGAAUCAAUCGAUCCAACAACCUCCUGCUCAAAACUUUCACCAACCUUAUCCAGCCCAACCGACACCACCACAACCCCAAGCUUCUCAAGGCAUUGACUGCUGCUUACAAAUAAUAAAAAAUGAAGGACUUCGAGCACUCGGAAAAGGUCUACUACCGCCUGUUUUGGCUCAAGCUGGAAUGAACUCCGUUUUGUUUGCCUCAGAAGGGACUGUUAGAAGGUCGCUUGAGCCACUCAAUCUUAACGAAUCUGCAGAAAAGUUCAUCGCCGGGGCUGCUUCCGGAUUCACUAUAUCAAUUGUUGAGACUCCUUUUGAGCUUGUUAAAACUCAGAUGCAACAAUCUGGAAUCGGCAGUAGGGAGAAACAGCCAUCAACUUUUUCCAAGGUCCUUGAAAUGAGAAGAAAAGUGGGACUACGGAGGCUGUAUACUGGAUUCGGUGCUGUCUUGAUAAGGAAUAUCCCGAGUUAUGGCGUCUUUUUCUUAGUUUAUUUUCAUGCUAACAAGUUAUUCAAGGAAAAUGGUUUCGGCUCACUGAGCGAACUCAUGGCAGGAGCUCUAACAGGAUUAGUUUCUUGGACUGUCUGCUUCCCUGCCGAUGUCGUGAAAACACGAAUUCAAUCUGAUCCUCUCGGUGCGCGAAGAUUUCCGACGUGGUAUGGAUAUGUCAGCGACAUUUACAGAAACGAAGGGUUGAAGAUUUUCACGAGAGGGCUUGCACCAUGCGUGAUUCGAUCCGUUCCUGUCACUGGGGUUUUAUUUUACGUCCAGAAUGUAAAUAUUAUACCAGAUGGAAAGGAGCUUUCAAAGGCUAUAAAAAACUCAGAUGUCGCGCAUUUGGUACAGUUUCAUGCGAUAACAUGUGGUCAUUGUCACGAGUUUGCCCCAGUUUACGAAUCUUUUGCCAAAAGCAUAGAAAAUUGGAGUUGCAUGAUAAAAGUCUCUGGUUUUGAGUGUACUGGGCAAAACUACGGCGUUUGUCAUCGCGAUCCAUUUUGGAUAGGCGGUUAUCCAAAUUUUCGUAUCUUUGGAGCAUACGAUACUACGCGGAAAAACGGCGGAAAGGCAGUCAAGUACGAGAAUGAAUCUAAAGCUGGAUUGACGAAAGAAGCAAUUGACUUUCUGAUGGAAAAUCCGCCAAGUAGAUGGAUUUUCAGCUCACCGAAGCCGGAGUUAAAUUUCGUUAGUCCUAGGGACUUUGCGAAGAUAUUCAUUCAUUAUGUUGAUACAGAUGUCAACUUUGUAUUAUUUGUGGAGGACGAGAAGGAUCGAGAGUCUGUUAUGCUUGAUCUUGGUUGUAAAAAUGGUAUCAUCUUUCGCCGUGUUCGCUCAAGAGACGCACAAGAAUGCGAGUUUCUCUCACAGCUCAUCAAUAAACGCGACGCUAAGCGGCAGGUCGACCCUACCAUUUCUCCAUUCACAUGGGUCGAAAUGUUUGUUUGGCGGAGAAAUCUUCUGCAAAAUGUCUUUCCGGAUUUUGCUGCGCGCUCGUUUUUCACAUAUGAUUUGGAAAAUUUACCUGGAGUGGAGGGGCACAGCGACGACGGAGACGUCCACAACGAAUUUCAUCCCGUGUUUGAAUCAGAAAUCGGAGAAACAGCGGAAAUGGACCUGUCGGCAAUCGAUAGAAAGAAAAUCUACCUAUCCGAUCUGGAAUCAACAAUAAUUCUCAUGUUCCAGGACGAGUUUUGCGCGGUGGAAGAAAUCAACGGUACAAGAUUGGAGCUUUGGACAACAUUUCACUACAUGCUUGCCAAUUCUCACGAGACAGAUGAUGUCAAAAAAGUUCCAAAACUUAUCUACGACUAUGUGACGACAAUUUUCUCCUGCAGAGACUGUGGCAAACACUUUCAAGCUGAGGAGAGACGAUUUCCCAUUGAACAAAUUGGCUCUUUAGAUGACGCUGUUCUCUGGCUCUGGAAGAUACAUAAUAUCGUCAACGAAAGAUUAAAAGGUGCACCGGCUGAAGAUCCUGAAUUCCCGAAAAGACAAUUUCCUGAACAAUGGCUUUGCCAAGAGUGCAGUGAAGUGCACGGAAAGACGAAACGACUAGUCUUUGACGAUGAGAAAGUAACUGCAUUUUUAAAGAAGUAUUACUCAAAAGAAAAUUUAUCACGGGAGAUAAUUGAGCCUCAGAAAACGACUUUGUCUCCAGAAGAAAGGGCGAGAAUGAAUAUCUUAUUUUCGCAUCACAAAGAUCUUUAG